UGUAGGCCUUCCUCUAUCUUACAGAAGCUGCCAGAACAUCCCCAGUGGAGAGAGAUGAAUACCUGUAUCAUCCACGUGAGGCUGCUGCUGUCUGGGCCUUUGCUCCUGGGCCUUGCCUCGAGCUACAAUCUGGAUGUGCAGCACGCCCAGAGCUUGGCCUUACCCGCUGCCGACACUGGCAGGCACUUUGGGUACCGGGUCCUGCAGAUUGGAACUGGGGUUGUCGUUGGCGCUCCAGGUGAGGGGAACAGCACGGGACACAUCUACCAGUGCCAGCCAGAGACGGGACAGUGCCUGCCAGUCAGCCCGAGUGGUUCCAACGACACUUCCAAGUAUUUGGGGAUGACCUUGGCGACAGACUCCACAACUGGAAACCUUUUGGCCUGUGACCCUGGGCUGUCUCGGAUAUGUGACCAGAAUAUUUAUUUAAGUGGCCAGUGUUACCUCUUUGACCCGAGUCUGGGACAUCCUGUGCAACAAGGGCGUCCUGGAUAUCAGGAAUGCAUCAAGGGCACGGUUGACCUGGUGUUCCUGUUUGAUGGCUCUGGGAGCAUGAAAUCUGAAGACUUUCAGAAAAUUCUGGACUUCAUGAAGGAUGUGAUGAAGAAACUCAGCAACUCUUCCUACCAGUUUGCGGCUGUGCAGUUUUCCACGAAUUGCAAAACAGAGUUUAAUUUCUUGGACUAUGCUGAUAAGAAGGACCCUGAUGUUCUGCUGGCCAAAGUCGAACACAUGAAGAAGUUGACUAAUACUUUCUAUGCCAUCAACUAUGUCGUGACAGAGGUGUUUCGGCAGGACAGGGGGGCCCGGCCAGAUGCCACCAAAGUGCUCAUCAUCAUCACAGAUGGAGAAGCCUCUGAUGUUGGCAACAUUGACCAGGCCAAAGACAUUAUCCGCUACAUCAUUGGGAUUGGAAGUCAUUUUAAGACGAAGCAGGAAACGCUCAACAUAUUUGCCUCAAAACCCACAGAGGACUUUGUAAAGAUUCUGGACACUUUCGAGAAGCUUAAAGAUGUGUUCACUGAGUUGCAAAAGAAGAUCUACACCAUUGAGGGCACAAAACAGGACCUGACAUCCUUCAACAUGGAGCUGGCAUCCAGCGGGAUCAGCGCAGACCUCAGCAGAGACCAUGGUGUUGUGGGGGCAGUUGGAGCCAAGGACUGGGCUGGGGGUUUUCUAGAGAUGAGCGCCGACCUGCAGGACAGCACGUUUGUGGGCAAUGAGCCGCUGACACCAGAAGUGAAAGAAGGGUACUUGGGUUACACAGUCACCUGGCUGUUCUUCAAAGAGUCCCCCCAGAUGUUGGCAGCUGGAGCCCCCCGACAUCAGCAUGUGGGGCAGGUGCUGCUGUUCCAGAAGACAGAGGGAAAAAACUGGGAGCAGACCCAGAAAAUAGACGGAGACCAGGUGGGCUCUUAUUUUGGUGGUGAGCUGUGUGCCGUUGACCUGGACCAAGACGGGGUGACAGAGAUGCUGCUGAUUGGUGCACCCCUGUUUUACGGGGCCCAGAGAGGAGGCCGGGUGUUUGUGUACCAGAAGGAAAAGGACCUCCAGGCGAUCUCAGAGCUACAGGGGGACCCUGGCUACCCACUGGGGCAAUUUGGCGCGGCCAUCACUGCCCUGACCGACAUCAAUGGGGAUGGGCUGGCAGAUGUGGCAGUGGGAGCCCCCCUGGAGGGGCAUGGUGCCGUGUACAUCUUCAACGGGCACCCCAGAGGGCUAAACCCACGACCCAGCCAGCGUAUCGAAGGCACUCAGGUGUUCCCAGGAAUCCGCUGGUUUGGACGCUCUAUCCAUGGAGUGAAGGACCUUGGAGGUGACGGGCUGGUGGACGUGGCUGUGGGGGCCGAGGGGCAGGUGAUCCUGCUGAGCUCCCGGCCUGUAGUGGACAUCAUCACGGUAAUGUCCUUCUCACCUGCCGAGAUCCCAGUGCAUGAGGUGGAAUGUUCCCAUCCACCCAGCGACAAGAAGAAGGAAGGCAUCAAACUCAGAGUCUGCUUCCAAGUCAAGCCUGUCACCCUCCAGUUCAAAGGGACCCUGGUUGCCAACCUCACAUACACGCUGCAGCUGGACGGCCAUCGGAUGCGGAGCCGGGGCCUGUUUCAAGGAGGGGAACACAAACUCAGCGACUACACCAUGGUCACCCCAAACCAAUCCUGCAUCGACUUUCGGUUCUACUUCCCGGGCUGCAUUCAGGACCUCAUCUCCCCCAUCAACGCCUCCUUGAACUACUCUCUCUGGGAGGAGGAGACACCAGAGGCCCGAAAGGCGGGCCAGGACGUGCGGCCCAUCCUGAGACCGUCGCCACACUCAGAAACAAAGGAGAUCCCGUUUGAGAAGAACUGUGGCGAGGAUAAGCAGUGUGAGGCCGACCUGCAGCUGUCCUUCUCUGGAAGCUCCACAGCUCUGCGACUGACACCUUCUGCCAGCUUCUCUGUGGUGCUGACGCUGAGGAACGUGAGAGAAGAUGCUUACUGGGUCCGGCUGGACCUGCGCUACCCCUGGGGCCUCUCCUUCCGCAAAGUGGGGGUACUCAAGCCCCACAGCCAGAUCCCUGCAAGCUGUGAGGAGCUUCCUGGGGAGCCCCAGGCCGACCUCAGGAGACUCACCUGCAACGUGAGCUCUCCCAUCUUCAGAGCAGGCCGCUCAGUCGACAUGCAGGUGAUGUUCCACACCCUCUCCAACAACACCUGGAAGGACUAUGUGGAGCUACACGCCAAUGUGAGCUGUGAGAACGAGGACACCAGCCUCCAGAAGGACAACAAGGCCACCAGCAACACCACAGUGCUGCAUCCCAUCAACAUCCUCACUGAGGACCAGGAAAACUCCACGCUCUAUGUCAGCUUCACCCCCCAGGGGACCAGGAUCCACGAGGUCACACACUUCUACAAGGUGAGGAUUCUGCCCGUGCCAGGGGAAGAUACUGUCAGUGGCCAAACGCCCGACCUGGAGGCGUUGGUGAGGGUCCCGGCGCCUCAGAGUGAGAGCCUCAUCGAGCAGACGUGGAGUGUAAAGAUGUGGGCAGACCAGCAGGCCUCUGACCUCAGCUGCCACCGGGAGGAAGUCACACGGCUGAGCCUGCCUGAGAAGCCUUGUCUGUCGGCAGCCCAGCUCCGCUGCCUGCUGCCCUCCCAGAAGGAGCUUGAUCUGCAAGUGGCGGGCACGUUGGAGCUCAAGGAGGACAUCAAGGACUCCGCCAUGCUCAGUCUCUGCAGUUCUGUCUUCGUCUCCUUCAACAGUCCCAAGUAUUUCCACCUCUACGGCAGCAACGCCUCCCUGGCCCAGGUCGUCAUGAAGGUUGACAUCAUAUAUGAGAAGAACAUGCUCCACCUCUACCUGCUGAGCACCAUCGGGGGGCUGUUGGUGCUGCUGCUGAUUUUCGGGGUGCUCUACAAGGUUGGCUUCUUCAAACGGAAUCUGAAGGAGAUGAUGGAAGCAAAUGGAGACACUCCGAAUGGGCUCCCUGCGGCAGACUCAGAGCCAUCAGCCCCACAGGAGGAGGCCGUUGAGCUCCUACCGGAGGAAAAGGCCCCGGAAGCAGAUAAAGCCUGA